AUGAGUGAAAGUCGCACCGACCCGGCGGAGCAGAUCGAUUCUCCCGAUCGUAGAGAGUGCGAUCGGAUCGAUUUGGCGUUUCUCCGCACACCGCGCUACGGCAGUCCCGAGCCGGUUGCCGGCCCGAGCCGCGCGUCGAAGCCGUGUUGCUCUAAGGCGGCUUCGGUUCAGUCGUCUGCUGGGGGUGCCCUUUUACAGGUGCGAUUCAACGAUAUCUUCAAGUGCACGAUCUGUUUCGAUAGGCUGAAGGACCCCCAUCUGUGCCCGCAGUGUUCGAAGCUGUACUGCUCCCACUGCAUCACCGAGUGGCUCGGGAUGGGCGUCGAGUCGUGUCCUCACUGCAAGGUCGUGCUGAAAACGGAGCAAUUGGUAAAGGUGCGUUGGUUCGAUGACCUAGUGCGCGAACUGCAACAGGUGCCCGUGGCCGAAAGCUCAGCGCCAGAGCCCGAUCCCGUACCGGCGGCCGACGUUGGCUGUGAGUCGGCCGGGUCCAGCAACAGCAAGAGUGUGCCGUGUCCGCGCCACGGUAAGCUACUGAACUUCUACUGUGCCACCUGCAGCCAGUGUAUUUGCGAGCAGUGCGCCACGGACGUGGACGAGCCACUGCACCGGGAUCACACGUUCAAGGCGCUCGAUGUGACGUUCGAGCAAACGUUGAGUCUGAUGUCGGCCGAAAUCAAUAAAGUGCACCACCACCGGGAAAUGAUGGUGCUGAGUGCGGAGCGGAUCGACCAGAGAAUACUGCUGUUUCGGCGCCUGAAGAUUGAGGCUCGCCGCGCGCUGGACGCGAUCGCGGUGGCCGCUCUCGAAAGCCUCGAUCAGCAGCACAACGAGAAGGUGCUGGCGCUGAUCAAGCAGCGGUUCCAGAUCACCGACGAGGUAGCGCAGAUCGAUCACGAGCUGGACGACAUGUGGUACGAUCUGGGGCACGGGAACAAGCCGCACGUCAUUCAGCAAAAGUCGCAGAUCUUGAGCAUCUGCGAUGGCAUCCUGCGGAAACCUUCGGCGGACGAGGCGAAGCUUCCGGUUGCCCUUACAUUAGACCUUCCCGGAAGCUUUGAGACGGGAAUGUUUACGAUCGGCAGUUUUUGGACGCUCCAUCGGGAGAUGUAUGCGCACGAGUUCGUCGACAGCCGCGGCAGCACGUGGUUCAUCACGGUUUCGGCCGAGGCGGACCAAAUCAGUUGCCAUGUGCAGCUCUUCAAAGGAACACCGACGAGGGUGGAGUUUAUCGUGAAGCUGCUGCACUGCGAGCCCCAGAAGACGAUUAGCAAAACGUUCCGCAAGAGCUUCGAUGGGCGGAAGGGUCGCCCGCCGACGGACAAGGUGUUCGGUUGGGACCUGGCGCCCCGCAGCAAGAUUCUGGACGGGAACUAUUUGCGGGACGAUACGCUCGAGCUGCUCUACAGCAUGCGAGCGGUUGGGCCCGGUAGCGACGGGGAUUAG